AUGUCAAAGAUUAUUCUAUAUUUGUAUCUAGCUUUUAUAAAAAUUUUCAUUGUAGUGGUUCGUGGACGUGGUCGUGGAUAUGGAAGAAGUUCCAGUAGCAGGGGUGGUCGUGGCUGUGCACGUGGCCGUGGUCAAUCGUUUGGUAGUCAACGGUUACAAAACGAAUGGUCAGAUUUCAUGAAUGUCAAUGAUCAAAAAACAGUAUCAGCCAAUUUCUUAGCCGAUUUUGAUAUCAAUGCUGAUCCAAAACCUUUUUUCAUUGAUCCAAAUGUUACUCUAGAUCAACAUAUUCAAGCACAAAUGACAAAUUUGCCUCGUUAUGUAGCUGCAUUAUUUACACUUGAUGAAAACAGUGUUGAAAUUUGUCAGAAAGCUAAAGCAUGUGCAUUAGCUGCUGCUUGGUGCCGACAUGAUCACACUUUAGCUAACAAUCUUUUACGUCAUCGACGAUUAUUCACUCUAACUGAAGUACUGAAAGCAGUAACGAUGUUAGAUGCCGGUCGACAACUUCGUGCUUAUGAAAAAAAAAUAAAACGUCUUGAAUUAAGUAAAACAAAGCCAAAGGCAAUAACAUUAGGCAAAAUGAAAAAUACCGUCGAUAACUUAAAUAGACUCAAAGCAUCAACUGGAUCAGUUAGUGGUGCUGUAGCUCGGCAUAUUCAGCGGUGGGCUCGAACAUUAAGUCGACAAGAACUUGAAUAUUUUGCACUGCAUAUGCCAACAGAACCAUGGAAAAAAUUAGCUGAUAUUGUUCAUUUUAAUCCAAGCAAAGAUUUUCCCGCUUUACCAUGGUUUUUACCAUUUUGCUUCGGCACACCAGCACCAGAAGAAACAAUGGUAGCACGUUGUCGAACUUUAACAAACGAAAAUAUAAAUGAUCUAAUUAAAGAAUUUAAAAUUCCCUAUUCACAUUUAAAACAAUUUAAAGAUCAUUUAAAUGAUCAAUCAAAAGCAAGAAUUGCAGCGUAUGAAGAGAAACUAGAUACAAUAUUAUGGUAUUACGAAGAUUUACAAUGUCCUGAUGUUGAUGAUAUUAUCAGUGAAAGGCUAGAAAAUGGUGAAGAAAUACGUUUACCAUAUGGUAAACUUAUGGAACGUCUGUUAGUUCUUCGAAAAUUACGAGAUACUUCAAGUGAAACAGCAGUCGUUGGCAAUAUUUCAGAUCAAAAUUUGAUACAAUCGAGCAAAAAUAAAUGUUAUUCGUACUUAUUAUCAGUUGCUGAAAGUCAACUUGCAAAAAUAAAAUUACCAUUAGCAUCACCCGUAGCUGUCAUGGGUGAUGCAUCAUAUUCAAUGGAUGUUGCUAUUCGUACAGCGACAAUCUUAGCGUCUUUGUUAACAGCAGUUUGUUCAGCUAAAUUGAACUUUUUCCAUACUGAAAUGUUUUUACCAGCAUUUACACCGAAAACUAUUGAAGAUGUUCUUACAUUAGCAUUGACAACAAAAGCGCAUGGUUUAACAGCGAAUGCUGCUGGCUUAGUAUCAUAUUAUGAUAGUAAAGAAAUUAUUAAAACAUUAAUUAUGGUAACAGAUGAAAUAGAAAAUACAGAUGUUCAUACGGCUAAUGGCACAUCAACGCGAUUCUUUAAUUUGUUUAUGAAAUAUCGUUCAGAAGUUUAUCCAGCUAAAUUAGUAUUUAUUUCCUUUCUUGAUAAUCAACAUGAUCAAGGUCGAAUGUAUACAGAAUUUCUCAAUGCGAAUGUACCAGAUGUAAUUCAAUUCAAGUUUAAUGGACAACGUCCAGAUUUGACAAAAAUCGAUAAUCUCUUGGGUCUAUUAUCGACUGAUUCAUCACAAACAUUUGGUGAUCAAUUAGGAAAACUACAGAAUGAAUAUGAACAAAGUAGUGUUGAAUCAGUUAUAACGAGCUUAAUUAAUAAACAAACGAACAAUUCGCCUCCAAAUGAAUCAUAA